UGCCAGUACAGCCUGACUCCUUGAGAUUGUGAGUAGCUCUGUCUAGCCUGGGAAGCAGGCUGGACGGCUGAGCCAGCUCACAUCCGGAGCUCCCGACAGGUCCAUGCUGUGGCCAGAGCCCUCCGCCAGGCUGAGGGGCCACCGGCCUGGCCUCCUGCCCUUACUCCUGGCUUUCCUUGGCAUGGCCGGAGCAGAGGUGCAGCCGCUCCUGCCGCAGGAGGAACAGGCUCCAGUGCCUGGAGCUCUGAGCAGUAGGGAGACGUUCCUGCUCCUGUCCCUGCACAACCGCCUGCGAAGCCGGGUGCACCCCCCCGCCGCCAACAUGCAGAGAAUGGACUGGAGCGAGAGCCUGGCCCGCUGGGCUCAGGCCAGGGCGGCCCUCUGUGGUGCUCCAGCCCCGAAGCCUGCGUCGGCACCCCGAGCCACCCAGCAAGUGGGCUGGAACGUGCAGCUGCUGCCCGUGGGUUCAGCGUCUUUUGUCCACGUGGUGGGCCUGUGGUUCGCAGAGGGGCAGCAGUACAGCCACGCAGCGGCCGAGUGUGCCCACAAUGCCACGUGCACCCACUAUACUCAGCUUGUGUGGGCCACCUCCAGCCAGCUGGGCUGUGGGCAGCAGCCCUGCUCUGGGGCCCGAGCAGAGAUGGAAGCCUUCGUCUGUGCCUAUUCUCCCGGAGGCAACUGGGAGGUAAACGGGAAGACAAUUGUCCCCUAUAAGGCCGGCUCCUGGUGCUCGCUCUGCACGGCAAGCGUCUCGGGCUGCUUCAAAGCCUGGGACCACGCAGGGGGGCUCUGCGAGGUCCCCAGGAACCCAUGUCGCAUGAGCUGCCGGAACCAUGGACAUCUCAACGUCAGCACCUGCCACUGCCAUUGUCCCCCUGGCUACACAGGCAGAUACUGCCAAGUGCGGUGCAGCGUGCAGUGCGUUCAUGGCCGGUUUCGGGAAGAGGAGUGUUCCUGCAUCUGUGACAUCGGCUAUGGGGGGGCCCAGUGUGCCACCAAGGUGCACUUUCCCUUCCACACUUGUGACCUGAGGAUCGACGGAGACUGCUUCAUGGUGUCUUCAGAGGCGGACACCUACUAUGGGGCCAAGAUGAAAUGCCAGGGAAAGGGCGGGGUGCUAGCCCAGAUUGAGAGCCAGAAAGUUCAGGACAUCCUCGCCUUCUACCUGGGGCGCCUGGAGACCACCAAUGAGGUGACUGACAGCGACUUUGAGACCAGAAACUUCUGGAUCGGGCUCACCUACAAGACCACUAAGGACUCCUUCCGCUGGACCACCGGGGAGCAACAGUCAUUCACCAGUUUCGCCUUUGGGCAGCCUGACAACCAGGGGUUUGGCAACUGCGUGGAGCUGCAGGCAUCAGCCGCUUUCAACUGGAAUGACCAGCGCUGUAAAACCCGAAACCGUUACAUCUGCCAGUUUGCUGAGGAGCACAUUUCCCGGUGGGCUGUGGGGCCCUGAGACUCAGCCAGGCCUCUCCCUUGCCACCGCCACCCCCACCCCCAGAUGUGUGCCCAUCUGCCCACCUGUCUGGAGCAAGGGCCAGGCCAGAGCUGCAAGCCCAUCAUCCACAGAGGUCUCAGACGCUGCAGGAAGUGAGGCAGGGGGCUCGAGUCAGGCCCACAGGGGCCUGGGGCCCCUCAUCCUGCUUUCAUCGGGAAGAUGGGUGUCAGGCGCCCAAACAGGAGCCAGGGUCAGCGUCAGAAGAGACCUCUGUCUUCCGUGUGUGCCAGACCCAGUGGGGCGGAUGGGGGUUCCUCGCUGCCCAGGGCACACCCCACAAAGGAUUAAACUAAGUUAUGAAUCAGA